GAAUCAGUUCUGCCCCGCACAGGACAGCUGUCUCCACCCAACCUCAGGGGGCUGCCCCUUCUCUCUAUUGCUUGAGGAUUGGAGUGAACUUCAGGGCUCACUCAUUGACUGAGCACUUAAGACGCGUGUUUUCAGUAAGCACCGGGCCCUCACACCCUCAGACCAGGUUCUUUGGGGACAAUGAACCACACAGAAGUGACUGCUGUGACUCUGGGGGUCAACACAAGCUCAGAGGGAAACGCCCAGGCCCCUGACCUCAUUGAGACCCCUGUGCCAAGCCACAUCCUUUGGGAAACUCAAACCCUGGGCACCCAGACCUCUGAUAGGACCUCAGUCCCAGUUGGUACCAUCCAAGAAGCAGAGACCAGGGAAACCAAAACCAAAAUUCCAGUAACAGAGACCAGGGCUCUCACAAAAAUAACACCUUCCAAGUUUAUGGCUGUGAUCACCACUCCUAGGGAGACAUCAGCCACAAGUGACAGCCCCUCAGGAACCGGAAUGACCACAGUUGAAACUCUUAUAGGUAGUGAUCUCUCGGAAGCCAUCUUUGACACUCUUUCUACUGAUGACAGCUCUGAAGAGGCAAAAAGGAUCCCAAGUGACACCUGGACAUUGGCUUGCACCUCCACAGAAACCAGGGCCCUGGCCUUGGAGAGGAACUCAGUUCCACCCAUCAUCACCUCUCAAACCCUGGAUCCUGAUAUCACUGCUAUUCCUAAGGCCUUGGUUGCCUACACCAUCACCGACAUUGAGAUUACCAAUUGCAGCGUUAUAGAAAUGGAAACAACUGCCAUCAUCCCUAGGACCUCAGACAUAGAUCACAGCCCCACAGGAGGAAAGACCUCAUCCAACCCUGAGACGUCAGUUUUGCCUGACUUCACUGAAGCAGAACCACACCUCACCAGGACCACAACCUCUUCUGAGACCGUGUCAACAGCCAGUGUCACAGAAUCCACCAGACCUGAUACCACAGUUGAGACCCUACUCACUGCCAAUAUUACCACAGUAGGGGAAACAACGGCAGCCAAGGCCACAACCCCCAGUGGAACUUUGGUGACAGUCAGCAUAAACCCCUUGGAAGAAACCUCAGCCCUCUCUGUUGAGACAACAAGCCACACCCAGGUCUCAGGAGGAGUUACAAUCUCCACAGGGGCUGGAUCAACAGUGAGCAAGGCAACUUCCCCUGCUGGGUCCUCAGCUACUGUCUACAACCUCUCUGAAGUAGGCACCAUCAAGCACUUCACCCCCUCAGAGACUUCUGCCACAGAGAGCACAACCAGUGGGCCUGUCCCCAUCAGCAGGAGCCCUCUCUCUUCUGUCCAUCUGACCGUGGUCAACAGCAGCCAAGAAACAGACAUCACUUUAGCCAAGACCACAGCCUCAGCAAAGACCUCGACGGCAGCCAGCAUGGCCGGAGGGAAGCCCCCAACAGCCAUGCCGACCACUGUGAGGAAAAGGUGGCCCACAGAAGUUACUGCAGGUGGGGAGGGAGGCUUCCUCCUCCUGCGACUGGGUGUGGCCUCCCCAGAAGACCUCACUGACCCCAGAGUCGCAGAGAGGCUGAUGCACCAGCUCCGCCAUGAACUGCAGGCGCAUAUGCCUCCCAUCCAAGUGUCCCUGCUGCGUGUCAGGAGAGACUAAAGACCAUCAGCUGCAGCCAGGCGUGGCUGUGUGCCAAAGUGGGGCAGUGCUGCCCAUGGCCUGGGACCCACCACAGACUGAAACCACGUUACUACGCCAAGAUGUACCUGGAAGGUUCCCACGGAUGUCAAUUGGCCUAACCCCUAGCCCCAGACUUGGCAGAGGGACCUGGCUCAUCUAUGCCUGAGUGUAUGCGUAUGGGGAGGGGGACUUCCACUGUUCCAGAGAUGUCCUUAGACUUCCCUUGGUACACGUAUCGUGAUUCAGUAAAGAGUGAUUUGAUCACCCAUCUGUCAUCUGCUGUGUGCUUCCAUCCUACAUUAAAAUUGUGUUUUUGACAUGUUUAUGAUACAAGGAUUUUGUGCAUCCUCACUGCCACCUUCCUCCUCCAUGCUUCCCUGGUUCUUGGUUUGGACCUUGACUGUAGUACUUACUUGAGGCUGGUGCUGGAGCCUGUUGAAUUGUGAGCUCCUUCAGAGCAGGGACCAUAUUUGUUUAUCUCAGUGUCCCUGGCACCUAGCAGAGCCCCUGGCCUGUAGUAGGAUGACAGAGAAUGUUGGUUGAAUUGACCUGAGUUUCAAGUUCUGGACACAAACAGAUUUAAAAGAAAGUCUGCAGUACUCAAUUAUUUCUCCCCCAUAUUACUUUUUAAAAUUAAAUGUGGCUUUUUUUCUAUUGCAAAAGUAGAACUUGCUUAUGAUUUUAACAUUUUGAAAAACUCAAAAAGACCAAGGAAAAAAGAGAAAUGGAAAGAGGAGAGGAAGAGAAAGAAAAAAUACUUUCUAAAAUCUCACCUCUUAUGUACAACUACCGUUAAUGUAUAUACUCAAUGUUUCUACUUGGUCUGAGAUACCUCACAUUCAACGUUUUCAAAAUCAAAGUCCUAAUCUUUCCCCCUAAACCUGCUGUGCCUGCGUUUUCCUCAUGUCAGUUAAUGUCAAUUGCAUCCUUCAAUUACUCAAAGCAAAAUAGUAGGAGCUAUUAUUUUUCUAUUUUUUUUCCACAUUUUACAUUCAAGUCGUCAGGAAAUUCUAUUGGCUCUACUGUUAUCAAAAUAUGCCCAGAAUCUAAAUGUCUAAUCAUUAUAUUGUUUUGUACAACUGAAACGAAGAAAAAAAAUGCCUAGAAUCUGACUGCUCCUCACCAUCUGCAUUGCUCUGACUCUGGUCCAAGCUGCCAUCAUCGCUCACUUGGAUUACUAAUAUCCUCCUAACAGGUCUCUCUGUUUCUACCUUUGCCUCUUACCUACAGGAUUAACCGCCCAACUUUGAAUAUGAGGGCCUUUGUGAUACGGCCUUGGCCAACUUUCUCAGCUCUGUGUCCUGUGGCCCCGUCUCCUGCAUCCUCUAUUCCUCCCAUAGGAAACUUCUCACUACUUCCCAGUCACAUCUGCUUUGAUCCAGCAUGUUUGCACAUCAUGAUUCCUGCCCCUGAAAUCUUCUCUCCGUCUGACCCCUUCAUCUGGAAAACUCUUCAUGCUCAGUUCAU